UGGUAUCAAACAGUGUCUUUUUCCUUUUAUUAACGCUAAAAAACACACACACACACAACAAUAACAAAAUGCAUCGUGGUAACAUUUCUUCGCGAGUAGUCCCUAAAAUAAAAUGGGUUAAUCCUAAAGAUAGAAUUAAACAAUGGAACAUUGUUACUGGUGAUAAAGUUGCUAUUAUUGCUGGUAAAGAUAAAGAUACCAUUGGUGAGAUUAAAUCAGUAAAUCGUAAAACAAAUACAGUCAUUGUUGAAGGAAAAAAAUUAGCCAAGAAACAUGUUCCUAUGCAACCUGCUGCGCCUGAAGGCAUAAUGAGAAUAGAAUUACCUAUUCAUUACUCCAACGUUAUGUUACUUCAUCCUAAUACACAAACACCUACACGUAUUGAACGUCGUAAAGUGACAAGGACCUUAGAAGAUGGUCGUAUUAUUUCACGUUGGAGUCGAUUUGUGAAAGGAACAGAUAUCGAGAUCCCUAAACCACAGAGAAAAUAUGAUGAUCAAAGUGUUGAUGAACAAUUUACAACGGCACCUGAGGAUGUAUUGACUGUCACUUACCAGCACAAUCCUUUUCAACCUCCAUUCCCCCAAGAUCUUGUGAAGGAACUUCGAAAUCCUUACAAAAAGAAGCUCAAUAUAAACCUAAAUGCUACCACAACAGCAAAGACUACAGAACAAGUAUCAUCACAAGCGACAAUAUAAUAUAACGUCAUUUUAAUUAAAAUAUUAUAAAGAAUAG